CUGAUUGUUGGCGAAUAGUAAGUGAUCGUGAUUGAAUAAAAAAUCUAAAAAUUGGUGACGAAUUUUAUUGUGUUUUUCGUGGGUCCGGAAAUCGUUUCAAAGUGGCCGCGGAAAAGAAGGAUGCUGGCGGCGAAUCCCGCGCCAGCCCUCACCAGAAAGCGCGUAGAACGUCGAUUUCUCCACCGCCCCGGCAACUGACACCGUCCUCGGACCGGGUACCACCGCCGACCAGUGGCGCAGGUGGCCAGCAGAUACACGGCGAGGCAAUGACACCGACGGCCGCUACUGCGGCCAGCACACCCCCGAUGCUAAACUGGGCUCCCAUUCUGUUUCCCUCCGCCUGGAAUCCGGCCCUGCUGCCGGCAUUCUAUCCGGCGGCACUGCGAUCACUGCCCGGGUUUUUGGACAACAUGAAGCUCCCGCGCUCGCAACGAACAACAACCACCCACAGCGGAUCCGGUUUCCACAUCAGUGACAUUCUUGGCCACAAGGACAAAAAACAACCCCGGCAGGCCACGGACGACGAAAAUACAAGUGACGAAGGAAUCAUUCCAACCACGGUACGGCAUCACAACCGCAGUGCCGCAGCCGAUAACGACAGCAACCAUGGCAACAUAACACCGGCCAACAGCGACGACGAUAGUCACAGUAGUCACAGUCAACUGACGGCCGGUGAUCGUCAACGUCUGACAACGCGAUCUAGUGAUCCGAAAGUAGAGCUGCUAUCCUCGCCCGAACUGGCGGACAGUAAGCUACGGAUACGGGCCAGUCUGGCGGAAGAUUUGCACGCUCGAUUUACGGCUCUACCGGCGUACGCACAUCAUCCACAUCACCCGCUCUUUCCGGCCGCCGCAAGCCCCUGGCUGUAUGAGACGUGCAGUAACCUUAAUGCAUCGCAUCAACAGCAACAGCAGCGGCUUGCCCAGCAGGUCAGUCCGGACAGUACCUCUCCGGUGCAUUCGGAGCAGUCCUACCAGGGGCUGACAAGCUCCGGCGGAAGUGGUGGCCUCAAUGGCCAGUGUCCACGAACGCCCAGCCCGACGGAUAGUGAGCGACAUCACAUGAACACCGAUGGCAACACGGAACAUUCGGACGAUGUGGACAUUGAGGAAGGUUGCGACGAGGAGAUCGAUAUGAUCGAAGACAAUGACGACAAUCCCACGGAUCGAUUGACGAAUGGAAUCGGACAUAAAAAGCGAAAGCGGCGGGUUCUAUUUUCCAAGGCUCAAACCUACGAGCUGGAGCGUCGAUUCCGCCAGCAGAGAUACCUUUCCGCCCCGGAACGGGAACAUCUGGCUUCGUUGAUCCGGUUGACACCAACGCAGGUUAAAAUAUGGUUCCAAAACCAUCGCUACAAGACGAAACGGGCGGCACACGAGAAAGGGUCCAUGGAUCCGGGUUCACAUCAAUCAGGCGGUCUUCCGUCACCCCGUCGGGUAGCGGUUCCGGUGCUGGUUCGCGAUGGUAAACCAUGUCUCGGUGGAAGCAAACAGCACGAUAUGAUGGCAGCCGUACAGGCGGCUCAUCUGCAACUUCCGCCUGGCUUCCAGCAUGCCAGUUUGCUACACCAUGCUGCUGCAGCCCGGUGGUGGCCGUAAACAGUGAUUCUGGUCCCACCACUGUAAAUAGUCAACCUCUCUACUCCCCCAAGGCUUCACAAUUCGUAUCGUGCAUACAUAGUCGAAUCCACCGCCGUUGUAGACAUCGUCGUCGUCAUCGUUGUCACCGUUGCAGCCAGUCAGUGGCGCAUUUAGUGUUGUAGAUGUAAAUCAAAAUCUCAGAUUCUAGCGAAUAUAUACCGAAGGCAGUUUUUAGAUCAAGUAGUAAGAGUCUAUUUAAUUAUAUUUAGUUAAUUUUUAAGGGUUCAUGAAAUACCUUCAAUUCACACAUCUGCAAUACAGAAAUCACUUCUUUGUUUAAUGAAUAUUCAAACUGUGAUUGAAGUUUAAUGCGAUAACUAAUAGAGUUUUCGAAACAAUCAUCUUCUAGCAAUUUGGAACACACAUUAUUUAAAGACAGUCAUAUUUAUACUUAAAUUGAGUUCAACACAAAAAUCACAACCACAAAGCUGCCACCUCUGCAAACAGUUACUAAGUUAAAUGCUAUGAGAACAAUAUGUAGUACCGUAAAGAAGCUGGAUCAUUCU